CAGGUAGAUGCUGCAACCGGCUGGCUCGUUACGUUGUUCAUCAGCUUGAAAGCACGAAGCGCGCAGGGCUAAAAGCGUGCUGUUGCAGAGAUUUCUGCGCUUCCCUUGUGCUGUCCGUUUACGAUGCCGACCGCGACAUGCAGCGAUGACGCGACGGCUUCCACGGGCGCAGCCAGUACGAGUAAGGUCACCCUCGACAACGUCAAGAAGCGCAAACGGGCGGAGCUUGAGACAGAGAUAUCACGCGUGAAGAACGGCCCGCCAUCACACGAGUCGCUGUUGCGCGAGUUCAUUUUCCUUGUUGAUCACUAUGCGUCGACAAGGCCUGGUGGUCCGACUGUGCUACCUAGUGCCCCAUUCAUCUGCAGUGAUGAAGAGGCUGCAAAGGCGUCGGAGGAGUAUGGGCUAUAUAGACAUGGGAAGUCCAUUACCACACGGACUAUACCCUCGCUAGAGAAGCUGAAGAAAGAGUUUUCAGAUUCACUGGGUGUACGGAUACCAGACGACCUGCUGGAAAUCGGGGAGGACCUCGGCUUCGAGCCGGAGCCAGAGACACAGGAUAAGCAGGAAGCGCAAAUGACGCAGGCGGUUCCAGAGACACAGGAGACGCAGUCUACCACCGUAGGAACAGCUACGCAGAGAGCAUUGCAAACACAGUUGACCGCAAUUACAGUCUCGCUCAAGGACACACAGGCGUCAAAUCCUGCGAGCGAGGCGCACCCAGACGUGCAGGUGCAGUCUGAGAAAGAGCCACAACCGCAGGCGCAGGCUCAUGCACAGCCGCAAGGAGAUAUACCGUCUAAAGCGGAGGAAAAGGCCUCUGCCGAAGCUUCAGCGAAACAAGAGUCGCAAUUGCAGCCUGUUGCGGCAGGCCAUCUAUCCACCCAAAACGCUCCAAAAUUGACGCCCCCAACAUUUCACGUGCAUCCUCCUCCUCCUCCUCAGCCACCUGUCGUUCUGCCUGGAAGCGAUGUCCCUCCCGUUGAGGUCCCAGCGGCAAUCAAGCUGCUGGCUCCAAACCCCCUAUCCAUCACCUAUGCCUCCUCACUGCGGCCCUUACCCCCCGACCCGCAUCGUCGUUUCACUGGCACGGGCGUGAGCGGUGGUGCAAUUCACCACCGGGGACAACGCAAGCCGCCGCAGCUUUCAGGUCGCUCGGCAUUAGCGGCAGCUGGGCCUGCAGGGACUGGACAGACGGAUCUCUGGCGAUGGUUUGUGCGUGCACGCGCCAGUCCCGGAUCCGGUCUGGUCGGUAAGGCGGAUAAAUGCUUGAUGACGUCGGACUGGAAGGUGGCGUACGUGGAGCAGCGCUUCAUCCGUGCCAUGAUGCGCAUCGAGAAGCUCAAGCAGGCGGGCGACUGGUCGUUCCGUCAGCCGAAGCGCCAGCGUGGGCCGGCGCCCAAGAAGGCGCAUUGGGACUACGUGCUGGACGAGAUGCGCUGGAUGCAAACAGACUACAGAGAGGAGAGGAAAUGGAAAAUCGCUUGUGCGCAUCAGAUGGCACAUGCUGUCUUUGCAUGGCACCGGGCUGGAUCGAAGCAGGCGAGACAGGCACUCUGUGUCAAAAUCCGCGAACCUCAGCAGCAGAAGAAGGGUUCGGGCGGCGCCGAGCAAAGUACCGAGGAGCAGAGCGCAGAUCAAGGAAAAGAAGUGGUCGGCGUCACAGGAUCUGCAGCGUCAGAGCAAGCUAACGGCGCCCAAGGACCCGACUCUGGAAAGGACGCAGAUCCAGCCAUGGACAUAGAUUUGGAAGCGGAUGUUGCAGGUGCGAAUCAAGACGCAAAAGCAGAUACCGCUGUGGACCCAGAUGCUGAUGCGGAAGGCGAUGCGGAUGCUGAUGCUGAUGGAGAAGCAGAUGCAGAUGCGGAUGGAGAAGUUGAUGCUGAAGGAGAGGAGGAUGCCGACGGGGAGGUGGACGCAGAUGGUGAUGCAGAUGAUGUCGAGCGUGCACUGCAAGAGGGCGACACUCCAAAAGUCAAGAUUGAAGUGGUCAAUCAGCCUCGUGGAGCCGCAGAUCCAAUGCCAGCUCUCUCUGGCGUUGCGCCUGUCUCCAGUUAUCAGCAGCAGUCUUGCUUUAAAGAUUCUGUAGAAGGGAUCAAGAGCGAUGCGCAGACGCAGGAUGCAACUCUCACCCGCGAAGCUCUACCCAGCUCGGUGGUCAACACUCUGCGUGCUCCCAUCUUCUCGAUGGACGUCGUAUCGACUGUCAUCUCGCCCACAGCGUUGCUUGAAUCCGUAUGCCCCCAAAAUCUGGCUGCUGCGCUCAAUAUCAGCGAGGCCGAAGUGGAAAGCAUUUUGGAUCCCACAAAUGUGGGUGUCUCUUCACUCUUCCCUGAGCUUCCACUGUUCACUGGGCCGACGCUGCCACAAGAUGGCAAGCAUGACCGACGCGUCGACGAAGGCUCAUUCCAGCAGACUCCACGCCUGACUCAUGUCACGCGACUCCUUGAUUCUAAACCUCUGCUCGUUAGCACUCUGCGCCCUUCGGAGAACCGCGAGCAAGGUCAAUGGCGCGAAGACGCGCCAUGGUUCUUGGCAGCCCAACUUUCGGAUCCUUAUAAGGGUGUAUCACCAGAUUUGCUCGAUGCACUGUUGCAGCCAGGCUCAGUCUUGUUCGCAAAGAAGUCGCACCGCGUCAAGGAUGGAAGUGCGCUCAAUCCCGACGCACAUGCACCGGCUGGUCCAGCCAACCCGGAGGUGCGAGCUGCCCAAUUCAUCUGGUCUCCAGAAGAGGACAGUUACAUUGUCAUGCUCGCCAAAGAGUAUAGCUGCAACUGGUCGCUUGUCGCAGACCUGUUCAACGCCACCAGGCUUGCAGUGCCGACGGACCGCCGCGUUCCAUGGGACAUAUACGACAGGUACAAGCGCAUUCAACAGGCAGCGCGUGAGGGCACUUCCAUUACACCACAGACGCAGCUGCCGCUAGAGAUCGUCGGCGGCGAGGAUGGCACGAGCAUUCCGCCCGGAAAUACGCUCAUCGCAAAGCGGGAGCGCAUCAAUAAGCGUGUCAGUGCCAAAUUUGAAGGCAGUCGCAAGAAGCUUCGCCGUUUUAGUUUGGUCGAACUCAUGCGGAAGAGUGCAAGGAAGCGAGACGCAGCACCCAAACCGAGCACGCAGAUGACGCGCAAGAUCAAUUUGAGUUCGCAUGAGACGCAUGCUCAGAUCAAAGGCGGCCCUGUGGCCACACCGCAGCAACUCAGCAAUCUCAAGGCUGAACGAGAUCAGCAGACCAUCAGACUGUACUAUGAACAGCAGCGCGUCGCGCAGCUCGCAUAUCAGCAGCAACAAGCUCGUUUGCAGCAGCAGGUGCAAGUUCAGCAAGCAGCACAGUCACAGCCGCCGCCGCAGCAACAGCAACACCAACAACAGCAACAGCAACAGCAACAGCAACAGCAACAGCAACAGCAACA